AGAGACCAAAACUCCUAUUUUUCUCAGCUACAAAUCCUAAUUAACUCCACGCAUAUAUACACUGCAGAUACGUACAAAUAUUCUCAUUCUUCUUUUGGGGUACCCUACGAAACCAUCAAAAACCCUUCAAAACAAAAAAAACGCCAUUCAAAUCCAAUGUAUAUUUCAUCCUCAAAAUCUUGUUGCUACCUUCUCUCCCUGGCACUGCUUUUCUUCUCAUGUUUUGCAAACAACUUAUCGAUAUCUACUGAUCCGAACCUCCACGACUUGGUUUACAAGCAUUGUGCAAGCCACAUAUCUGCCAUCCCCACCGCGGGUUCUCUCCCGGAAAUCCUGUCGUCGCUGUUCCGUGAACUGGUGGAGCAGUCCUCAGUGUCCAAGUUCUAUGAAACCAGCGUCGGAGAUGAUGAUAUAGCCGUUUCCGGCCUUUUUCAGUGCCGGAGUGAUCUCGGCGUCGAUCAGUGCUUCGACUGCGUGAACAGGCUCCCUGAGAUGUCGAGCGCCUUGUGUGGCAGGACUGUUCCGGCUCGGAUUCGGCUUUCGGGAUGUUACCUCCACUACAAGGCCGACGGGUCCCAGAUUUCGAGGCUGGAGUUGCAGCACAAGACCUGCAGCGACUCCAAGGCGGCUUCCGAUGGAUUCGAAGGGGUGAGGGACGGUGCUUUCGCGGCGGUUGUGAGCGGCGUCAUGGGCGGCAACGGAUUCUGCGACAUGAGCUAUGAGUCAAUGCAUGUGACUGCACAGUGUCAAGGGAAUUUGGAAAGCUGUGAUUGCGGCGAGUGCGUUGCCAGUGCAGUGCAAAUUGCCCAGGAUGAAUGUGGGGAGUCCAUUUCGGGAGAAGUGUAUCUGGACAGUUGCUUUAUGAUCUAUAGCUAUGAUGGGAUUAAUGAGAUUCCUGGCAACUCAAACGGAGGCAACGGAGGUACUUUUGGAACAAGAAACAUUGGUUCAGGGAAAUUUGUGGCAAUUGUUGGCGGAGGAGCAGUAGCAGUCGCUUUCGCACUGUUUUUCUUCUACUUCUGCAAAUCUUCGAGAAGGAAAAGCGACGAUUUGUAAAGGAGAAGUUGAAGUAUUAUUGGCACAGAUUGGCAACUUGCAAGAAGCUAGUCCUUGUUUUGGUCGUCUAACAACUGUUGAGGAUUUGUUGGAGUUGUUCAGAAGAGUCCACAUUUAAAAUGAAUUCACUCUCUCUCUC